CCCUUUUGUUAGCUUGCUCUGCACACUGCACUCUCUCUCUCUCUCUCUCUCACCGCAGGCACACACUGAAACACUAGCUCCCUAUCCAGUGCGAUACACAUGUGUAAUGGAGGAAGAAGGAACUGUUAUCCUCACUAUCUCCCACCUCAUUCAGCGUGCUUGUCCCAUUACCGCCGCCUCAUAUAGCGUACCUAGAAGUCCGAUUUCUACCUCAAAGCCCCACAAGAAUCCCGGUGGAAACUACCGCCACGAAGAGUCUUUUCGUACCUGUGAAAACCCUACUCUUCAGACCCUUAAACCCUUGAAUUACCCAACAUUCCUUGUUGGAACUCUUGCCCUGCCUUCUUUCGCUAACUGCAAUUCACCGAUUAAAUGCAGUUGCUUCCAGUUUUCUGAUGAUUCCGCUACCAUUUGUUGUGACAUUUUGGAUUUUGACCCGAAAAUGAUUGGUCAGAAGAUUCGAAUUCUGACUUGGAAUUUUAUUCCUUUAACAUGUGGGAAUGGGGGCGAAAAAGAUGGUUUCUUGGAGAUCAUUAGCUGGGAAGUUUUCCAAGCUUGUAGUGGCGAUGUUUGUUCUUUUUCGGAUUCCAGUUCCUUUUGUUUGAGUUUAGGUGUGUGUGACGUUAAAAAUAAAUCCAAAACCAGUUCUUUGAUUUUUGGUAUAGUAGAAUCGAUAAGCCCUGUAUUUGUUGUUCCUUGUGUGAGUGGUGAAAGUGGUUCGCGUAAUAUUAGUGGGUUUCUUGUAGAUGUUCUUGUUUGUCAAUGUAAAUUCUGCGUUUCAAAAUUUCUGGCAUCGGAACUGAGAGAUUUGACCGAGGAAAAAGUUAAAGACCAUAGUUUUGAAAAAAGGGCGAUUGUGUACUUUUCUGGAUUGACAUCGUCGUGGCAUCCUGUCGUCUCAAGAUUCAUCAGUAACGUAAUUUGGCUGACAGGGUUGAAGCAAAAGUUGGUUUUUAUUACAAACGAAGAGUCAAAGUUGAUGUAUGUCACAACAGAUGAAGCAUCAUUACAUGUUACUAAGUUCUUCAAGGAACAAGGAUUAAGUCGCAAUACCAACAUAAAAGGGAGAGGUGAAAUUGGUAGCUACACUGGUGUCAUUACUGCUAUUUACAUGCAGGGGAUGGUAGUCGAGCUGGAUCAAGACGUGAUACUAUUAUUAACCGAUCAGCAUCUCAUCGUGCCUCAUUGUGUCAGAGUUGGUGCAAUUGUGACUCUGGAAAACGUUCAUUUUGUUGAUCCAAAAUUCCCUUGGGCAGAAAUGUUGAUACUUGGUGCUUGCUGUAGAACUAGUAUGUAUGUGGAGUCAUUCUCCCCAUUGGAGACAAGGGGUCAUUUGAAAUCACACUCCCAGACGCUUCUUCAGAAGUUCAUUAAUUCAUUGCCUUUUGCAGCCAGAUUAUGGGCGUUACUUGUCGUCUCAUGUUUUAGGAAAAAGUUUGCUGGGAUUUUACCCGAGAAAGUGAUCUUGGGAUCAAAACAUAAGGAAGGACUGGCUCAAGAGUAUGCUAGUUCGCAUUUGCCACCAUCGGCUUUUCAGUUUCGGCAUGGAGUCCUGGUGGAAUUCUGCAGACAUGAUUCUUGUUCUGUUGGCAAGGAAGAACACUAUUUUCACUUGAGAUUAGUGCUACCUAUUGCUAAUUUAAUUAGCUAUUGUGAGAUUUCAUGGAAGAAAAUUCUUGUCAACCGAGAGAACUUUUCUGAUUUUGUGGGUGACAUAAAUCAGAAAAAGCCUCUAUCCUGUGGAGGGAGAUCUUAUGUGCAAUCAAUCAGAAGAGUCUUGCGCACUGAGGAAAUUGGUAUUCUUGUACUGGGAACUCUGAAGACUUCUAUAUAUUCUGGAAGACUGCAACUUGUUGACGCAACUGGUGGUGUUGAUAUCAUGCUUGACCUUCCAGCAACUUGGAACUUUGACAAGAUUUUUGAGGCAAAGGACUUUACAUUAAUUAUGGAAGGCGUACCCCCGGAUCUGGUUGACUCGGAUUCGACCAUAUGUCAGCCUUUAUCUUGCCAAAGUAUCUUUAGUACUGCUCAACCAUUAAGAACAAUGAAGAUAUCGAUUUAUCUUUACCACUGUUCAACUGAUGAUUCUAGAAGUCAUUCUCUUUUCUUCGAUGGGAAAGGAGAUUUGCUGGAGCUUGACAGAGGAAAAUUUCACUUGCUUAUGUUAACACAUAAAUAUCCCAUUCAGCAAAGGUUUCAAGGAGAUCGAGCAAAGAGGUCCAACAUGUUUGCUCAGGCCAUAGUGUUGCAUUGGGAUUUGCUUGUUGCUGGGAAAGACAAAGAUGCAGUUAGAAAUAUGGUUUCUGCAGGCCAUUGGAAGGAUCUCCUGGAAAAUUUUACCAGACAAGAGAACCAUCUUACUCAUAAGAGAUGUAAAACUGAGCAAGCUUUGGUUGAGGUUUCCAAUUGUGGUUUGAAUGAUUCAGGAGAUGUAUUAAAUUGUCAGUUCAGUGGUUCCUGUUGUGCAGACAGAAACUUGUAUACAGGACAGACAUGUAUUUCAAAUCAACUGUUAGAACUGCCAUGUUUGGUUGCCAGUAAAGGUGUAAAUAGUCAUUGCUUGGCUACGCUGUGUUGCACCAUUGAACAAGCUAAGAUUGUUUCUGGCUGUGUACUGCCAAGGAGGAAGGUAUUGCUGGAAUUCAGUCCUGACAGCUUUUGCAUGUAUGAGGUAUUGAGAAUUGGUCGUUGUUAUCUAGUUCAGCAUAAGGAGGAAGAUAUUCUAUGCUACCCAGUCGGUCGGCUUAAAGUAUUCAUUACUUCUAGUACCAAGCUUUGGUGUCUUACAUUCUCAUCUAUGGAGAGUCUCCAAGGUUCUGAUGUCUCUGAUGGGUUGCAAUAUUGCAAUAUUCCCACUAACAGUGAUGGGAAAAUAUCCAAAGGAUACCGACAACUUGAAAUUCCGUGUCUGACUGGCAAUGCUAUAGACAACGAGAUUUAUACAGACGUUAGUGUAUUUGUUCCUUCCAGUGCUCUAAAUUUACUGGAGACUGUUAUUGGAAAACUGGAUGGUGGUUCUCUUGAGUCCAAAGAUUCUUUUGAGGAAGAAUCAGACAUCCAUGACCUUGGUGGGUCCAUGGUCAAUGCAUCCACUCAGUCUUCAGGAAAUCCAUGGGCUGAUUACACUUUGCCCGAAGGGAACCUCAUAACUUUGCGUGGGCUUGUAGUGGCUCUUCAUGAUUGUAGUUGUGAGGCAUUUCCUGCACAACCAAUGCCCAUACCUGGUGAAAGCUAUCUGCCGUUUCUCCGAGGAACUGGUGGUGUCUGUGUCCAUGUUUUGGUGGACAAUAAAAUAGUCAGAGUAUUCUGUGAUCUAAAUAAACAAACUUACCCUGUUGGAUUAGUAGGAGAUGUCUGUGCAACCUUUCACCGAGUCCUUGUACUUACCCAGCAGAAGAAGUAUAUGAUGACGCCUGUAUCUUUCAUCACGAUUGACGAUACGAGCUUGAUAAAUGGACAUACUGAUGAAUUCAAUUAUGCGCAUGAAACUGUAGUAAAACUGAGCAAUACUUCACAGAGCACUGUUCCUCCGGUCCUAAUAUCUGAUGCGUUGCAAUUAUCAGACCUUAAACCGAUGCAAUUUCGCUGCAGGGUCGUUGCUCUUUAUAUACUUGUCGUGCAGAAGGCUAAAGCAACUGCAGUUUCUCGAUCAUGCGGAUGCUCCAUACUAUCUGGUGUUGAGAUCCCACUUGCUGGUUUUAUCAUGGAUGAUGGAUCGUCCUCCUGCUGUUGUUGGGCCGACUCUGAGAGAGCUGCAGCCUUGUUGGGGUUAGAAUCUGAAGAAAUUUUACUAGAAGAAUCUGCAGAAACUUCUGGGAGAUCUAAGGCUGGUAAAGGGCAGCAAUACAACUCCACUGUUAGCCACCUAGACAAAAUCUUAGAGCAGCACGGCAGAGUUGUGGCAAAAAAUUAUGGAUCCAUGUUUGAUUCUUCAUUCCAAGAUCUUGCACUCUCGGUUGGCUCGGGAAGAUCAAUUAGCAGUUCGGAACAAGAUUUGCUUAGAAGCUUGACUACCAAAGCUUUUCUCAGCGCAUCUUGGACUAUUGUUGGUAGCCUCAUGCAUCCAGAAGCCAGUAGGUGGUUGGAACAGCAAUUGACUGAGCUGGAUAUGGCAGUCCCAUCAUUGCCGAAUGUAUGGGCUGCAAGUGUUAAUCGUACAGAUGUGCUUGCUGAAGCUAGGAACACUAUUCAGUGGCUCAUGUAAUUGCAGCUAAUAUCUAAGUUCGUGUAAAUUUAUGAUUGACAAGGUCCAAUGAUGUGUUGUUGUGUGUAUAUCUUUAAUAUACAUUGGAUACACUGGAAAUACAGAUUUAUGUCGUUAAUGCCUGUUAAAGAGGCACUUUAUACAAGCCUUGUAUAUUCAUAGACUUCUGGGCACCAAGACUCAUCGGUUGGAAGCUGUUCUGCCUUUCAACUGUCUGAGCCCUUGAGAAAUGUCCGAGAGUUUGUUCUAAAUAAAGCUGUCAG